AGCUGCCACCGAGGAGCACCCACGGACAGUGACAGACCCUGAUGGUCAGUGGGAGGACCUACAACCUGUACAACAAGUGUGAGCUUCAGCAAGUCUGCAUCUCCACACCAGGAGCUGCAACCCAGUAGAGAGACUGUACGGGGGAACUCUGGUCGCCAUCUGCACUUUUGGAGCUGCGGAGGCCCCCCUUUUUUUGUUUUUUUUUUACCCCCCAAAAGGAACCUCACCUUGGUUGCUGAUACCAAAUAUUCUGUCUGGAAAUUUACUGGCUAGGCGGACAGUUUCCCCCCCUCUGUCAAGUAUCAUUAAGCAAGAAGAUUUUCAUUGCAAAAUGAUGGAGGACCACCUGACAAAGAUAUCCAUGAUGCCGUCUUCCUCCCCAACGGAGUCAAUUGGGAGCGGCGGGACGGACGACAGCAGAGGAGCCAAAAGUCCGGCCCCUGGCAAAGCCCUCAGCCCAGCUUUGGUCUGCAAAGUGUGUGGAGACACCAGCAGUGGUAAACACUACGGCAUUUAUGCCUGCAACGGCUGCAGCGGCUUCUUCAAACGCAGUGUGAGAAGGAGGCUCAUUUACAGGUGUCAGGCAGGCACAGGCAUGUGUCCAGUGGACAAAGCUCAUCGCAACCAGUGCCAGGCGUGCCGGCUGAAGAAGUGCUUACAGGCAGGCAUGAAUAAAGACGCGGUGCAGAAUGAGCGGCAGCCCCGCAGCACAGCUCAGGUGCGUCUGGACUCCAUCGACGUGGACCCUGAGAAGGAACAUUUGGCCACCACGCGGGAGCCCACCUCCUCCUCGUCCUCUUCUUCCUCCUCAAGUGGCUCUGUCAUCACAUGGCCCCACAUCACCUCGUCCAUAGCCAUCGCCGCCUCUGUGCCCCCCCAACGCUGUGUCAGCCCUCAGAACAACCAUCGCUUCAUGGCCAGCCUCAUGACGGCAGAGACUUGUGCCAAGCUGGAGCCUGAGGACGUUGACGAAAACAUCGAUGUGACCAGCAAUGAACCAGAACGAGCGUCCUCGGAGUACCACAUGGGAAUUUACCCGUCCUCCUCGGAAAACGUGUACGAGACGUCGGCCAGGCUUCUCUUCAUGUCGGUGAAGUGGGCCAAGAACCUGCCGGUGUUUUCCAACCUGCCUUUCAGAGACCAAGUGAUCCUACUGGAGGAAGCGUGGAGUGAGCUUUUCCUCCUGUGCGCUAUCCAGUGGUCACUGCCACUGGAUAGCUGCCCACUGCUCUCCCUGCCAGACCUCUGCCCCGGCAUGCAGGGCAAAACCAGCUACACAAGCCUGGACCUGAGACUCCUGCAGGAAGUCUUCAGUCGCUUUAAGGCUCUUGCUGUCGACCCCACAGAGUUCGCCUGCCUCAAGGCCAUUGUGCUUUUUAAGCCUGAGACUCGUGGUCUGAAAGAUCCAGAACAAGUGGAGAACCUUCAGGAUCAGUCCCACGUGAUGCUAGGACAACACAUUCGCACUCAUUAUCCCAGUCAACCUGCAAGGUUUGGAAAGCUGCUUCUUCUUCUCCCGUCACUGCGUUUUGUGAAUUCUGAGCGCAUUGAGCUGCUGUUCUUCCACAGGACCAUCGGAAACACUCCCAUGGAAAAACUGCUGUGUGACAUGUUUAAAAACUGACUGUUACCUAAAACGUGUGUCAUGCAGUCUUCAAACAUUCUUCCAACCAGUGUGGAAAAAGGACGAUUGACAGAUUAGUGCUUUGUUUACUCCUAUGAGGUUAAAUCUAAGGUCACUUUAUUUUUGUUUCUUUGUUUGCUCUUGUCACAUUAGGCAAUUUUUUAUACCAUCAUGCUUGCUACUUACAACUCCAUUUGUGUGUUAAAAAAAGUCAAUAUGACGGCCAUCGGCUAGUGUUUCUUCCGGUGAAUAUUAAAUUGCACAUGUUAUUGCUUGGUUGAUAGAUGGACUGUAUAGUCAAUGCUGUCUUCAGUGUGACUGUCGUAUUCACGUUGUGAUGACUUGAUAAAGGGAAGCAUGGCUUGA